CGACACGUUAGCGAGAAGCUUACAAUGCUCAAUGGACGUGGAAUAUGCUGACGGAAAAAAUUUGCUCUUAAAAUACGUUGCAUCCUAUGUAUCAAAAUUUAAGGAUACAUAUAUUUCAAAUGGUUAGUAUUUUUCUACUUCCUUAUGCACUCUUUUACGCACAAAACUUAUUACUUUCUCAUUUAUUUUAAAGCUGUCAUUGCUGAAGAUUUAACAGGGCAUCAAGCCGCAUUUCGUUUUGUUCGAGAUUUAACUCCUUGUGAACCAGAGAUGUGGCUGGCGCUGAGCAAGAUAAAAGCUGCGUGGACAAGUUCACGCACAAAACGAUUUGUCAUACCACCGUAUGAAGAAACAGAAAACAAUAAAAUCGUACAAAAAUACCAGUCGCGUGACUGUGACGAGGAUUUAAAUCUGUUACAAUAUCUACGACUUUAUGAUACUGAAAAAGCUCAACCAAAGAAAUAUAAAGGUAUCACUUAAUAAACCGACAUGUAAAAGAGAAUAUUACAUAUUUAGCUACUUCUAUAAUACUUAUUUUUAUUGAUUUAAGGUAACAACACUUUGGUUGGUGUGAAAUUCUGCAAUAUUUUCCAGCAGUUAUAUUUCUGGCAACACACCAUAAUGAACGUUCCAUUCAGAUCGGUAAACAAUCUCAAAGUCUCAAGAAAUAUACCGGAAUACUUGAAGUUCUUUGUCUAUGCAAUAAAUGCAAAUGGUACUUUUUGGCGUAAUACCGAAUUAGUAAAGUCGUACUUAGAAAAAGAUGGACACAGAAAUUACCAUGUUAAUAAUUUCAUUAAUUACCUACAAGGAAUGUUCAACACCUUGACUUUAUGGGAAUUACAGGUUUUAAGGUAUAAUGGUUACUUCAAUACAAUUACUAACGUUCUUACUGCAUCACUUGCAUUUUCCUAUGUAUCAUAAUUUUUUUCCUUUUUAACAUUUAGAUCUGCUGAACUAUCUUCAUUACAGAAUUUUGACUCACCAAAAAAUGUAUUGGUUGGGCAACAGAUUAUGUGCUAUGAAACGUUUAAAAGUAGUAUCACUGAAUUACGUAACGAUCAACAGAUCCAGUAUCCAUUCCUGUUAAUAACAGGAAAACCUGGCACAGGAAAAUCGGAAGUAUUAAAACACAUGAUUGAACAUGCUGUGAAAGAAGACUGCGAAACUUUAGUUGUUUGUCCCACUGGAUACCUGACGUGCUCGUAUCAAGCUAUAUUUGGUCCUAGCAUAAAAUGCGAUACAGUUCAUUCGUCCUUUUACAUCCCUGUGAAUAAGGAAUAUAACGCAACUAUGAACUGGAAUUUAUCCUAUUAUCAUGUAAUGAUAUUUGACGAGGUAAUUUUUUUAAAACAUUGUCAUUACUAUGCUAACAUUACAAAAUGCACAUCUUUAUCUUUGUCUAUUUAUAUUUUAGGUAAGUCAAAUUCCUCUUGCGUUCGUAAACCAUAUCGUUCAAAGCAUCUUGUCUUUGCGGAGACCCCCAGUCGUCGUUUUUUGCGGUGA